CAAUUUCAAAAGACUUGAAACCAUGACAAUAGGAUCCACUCACUGAAGCCAAACAGGGUGGUUUUUUUUCAUGCCAUGCAUUAUAAAAACAAGAGCUGUGUUUGAGAGUUUGAUUGCAGGAGCUAAAGUUGCUAGAGAGAGAGAGAGAGAGAGAGAGAGAGAGAGAUCAGAGAGAGAUGGGAAGCUUGCAGCAGCAACAGCAACAAGGGAGUCUGGAUGUAGUUCAAUCAUCAAGAGGUCAUGGAGGGAGUAACCGCAUAGCAGCCUUUGAUAUGGAGGGAGAUGUCCCACCUUUUGUCGAUCCCGAUAUCACUACUAACAACGAUAAACAGUUUGGUCAUGCUGAAGACCCUAAUCAUCAGAAACCUGGAUGGAGAAAGUUUCUAUCACAUGUAGGUCCUGGAUUCCUUGUCUCUUUAGCUUAUCUUGACCCAGGCAAUUUGGAGACUGAUCUGCAAGCUGGAGCAAGUCAUGGAUAUGAGCUACUCUGGGUGGUGCUCAUUGGAUUGGUGUUUGCACUCAUAAUCCAAUCCCUGGCUGCAAAUCUUGGUGUAAGCACAGGCAAACAUCUUUCAGAAUUAUGCAAGGCUGAGUACCCAAAAUAUGUGAAGUAUUGCCUAUGGUUGCUGGCUGAGGCUGCUGUCAUAGCUGCUGACAUACCCGAAGUGAUUGGGACAGCCUUUGGACUAAACAUACUGUUCCACAUACCAGUUUGGGCUGGAGUUUUGCUCACUGGUUUAAGCACUCUCUUACUCCUUGGUCUGCAGAGAUAUGGGGUUAGGAAGCUGGAAUUAUUGAUAGCAGUACUUGUGUUCGUAAUGGCUGCUUGCUUCUUUGGUGAAAUGGCCUACGUGAAACCUCCAGCAGCAGACGUGCUUAAGGGAAUGUUUAUACCCAAACUCAAAGGCCAAGGAGCCACCGGCGAUGCCAUCGCCCUCUUGGGUGCCCUCGUCAUGCCGCACAAUCUCUUCCUCCACUCAGCUCUUGUGCUGUCCAGAAAAAUACCCACUUCUGUCCGUGGCAUCAAUGAUGCAUGUCGAUACUUCCUGCUAGAGAGCGGAUUCGCAUUGUUUGUUGCAUUUCUAAUCAAUGUUGCAGUUGUUUCUGUAUCUGGUGCUGUUUGCUCAGCCAACAACCUCACAGAUGACAGUGCAAAUCGUUGCAAUGAUCUUAACCUUAACUCGGCCUCUUUCCUUCUCAAGAAUGUGUUGGGUCGGUCAAGCUCAACCAUUUAUGCCAUUGCAUUACUGGCCUCAGGGCAAAGCUCCACCAUCACAGGAACUUAUGCAGGGCAAUUCAUCAUGCAGGGAUUUUUGGACCUUAAGAUGAAGAAGUGGACUAGGAACCUGAUGACUAGGUGCAUUGCAAUUACACCUAGUCUUGUUGUUUCCAUUAUUGGUGGAUCUUCGGGUGCAGGCAGACUCAUCAUCAUAGCAUCGAUGAUUCUCUCAUUUGAGCUUCCAUUUGCUCUUAUCCCUCUCCUCAAAUUCAGUAGCAGUACCACCAAGAUGGGACCACACAAGAACUCAAUAUAUAUUGUAGUGGUCUCAUGGAUCCUAGGGCUGGGAAUCAUUGGGAUCAACAUAUACUACCUGAGCACUGGCUUUGUGGGUUGGCUACUUCACAACCAUUUACCAAAGGUUGCAAAUGUGUUCGUGGGGCUCAUAGUUUUCCCCCUAAUGGCCAUCUACAUCCUAGCAGUCAUCUACCUAACCUUCCGAAAAGACACUGCUAUAACAUAUAUUGAACCCACCAAGGAUACCCCAGCAGCCCAAAACAAUAUGGAACGCGGCCGGCCGGGAUCAGAGCUUGACCGGAUCCCUUACAGACAGGAUUUGGCCGACAACUCAUUGCCGGAGUAGAGAAGGCCAGUUAAUUUAAUACCAAGAUCAUAUGCUUCACCAAGUAGCUAGGAUCUCCAGACUGUUGCCUUUCUGAAGGAGAGAUAUGGCUUCCCUUUCCUGCACCAUUUGAAACUUUCUUCCAGUUCAUCUACAGCUUUCUUCCUGCUUGUACUUACCAGAAGAAACAAAAAAGCUUUUGCCACUCCUAUAUAUGGUAGUGUUCGGUUGUAAGUUUAUCGUGUUGAACUUUCAAGUUCUUGUAAUAUUACUUAAUGUUCAAUAA